GGUAGGAAUAUCAACGGCAUAACGAGCGUACCAGAGACCAAGGCCGUCGCCAGGACAGGACUUUUCGCCCGACGGGUAGGCACACCUCAGGCGACCUCCGUCGCACCAUGCGAGGCACAACGUGAUAGGGGAGCAACCGUUGCCGCAACCCCAAAGCCAUGUCGAAGCCUCCUCCGUAGAAUACAGAGCACACCCAUUCCCUACCAAAUUCCUACCUAGCCCUCGAAGUGCCACGCCACGCUCUGCGACCAGGACCUCGCGUGAAAAGAAAAACAUGACCAAGCACCCCGCAACUCGAGCCCAGAAACCACGAGUCGCUCACCGUCCCUUUCGCAAGACCUUCUAGCCGCCUCAAAAACAACGAAGCAGUCUGUUGCGAUGGUCCCGAUGGCGGAACUGCUCGUGCCCCAGCUGGUCCUGGUGCUCUGCUCCCUGGAGCUGUCGAGGGGCGCGACGAGAAACGACUGCCCGAGCGCCUGCUUCUGUGACGCGGAGGGCCAGUACGUGAGCUGCGUGGGCGACGGGACGUGGAGGGUGCCCCAGGACCUGCCCGGGUCCAGCGAGCGCCUCGAGCUGCGCAACUUCGCCGUGGACGUGCUGGCGCCGCGCAUCCUCGAGGGGGUGGCGGCCCUCCGGGAGCUCAAGUUACAGCAGAGCCAGACCAGGCGGGUCGAGGACGGCGCUCUGAGCACCCUGGCGCUGCUGCAGAGGCUCGACCUGAGCCAGAACUUGCUCGAGAACCUGACUUCGGGCAGCUUCCGGGGACUGCAGCAGCUCAAGUACCUCGACCUGUCCUCCAACCGGCUGGUGCACGUCGACGGCGCCUUUGCGGACCUGGGAAACCUGGAGCAGCUCAACCUGCGGGGCAACCUGCUCACCCAGUUGAGCACCUACACCUUCACGGGCCUGCACCGCAUUCAGUACCUCAACCUGGACUCCAACCUCAUCUCCAGCCUCGAGGUGGGCGCCUUCCAGUACCUGGCUAACCUGGCACACCUCAUCCUCAGCAACAACCCGCUCACGUCCCUGUCGCGCCUCGACUUCUUCAGCUCCCGGCUCCAGUACAUCGACGCGUCCCACGUCGGCCUGGAGCGAGUGCCCCAGAGCCUCACCCGCUACGUGCGCGACCUCCGGCUGAGCCGGAAUAACAUCACCCGUAUCAACUUGGGGGACCUGGACAGCUACCCCCACCUGGGGCUGCUCGUACUGGACGACAACGCCAUUGAGGACGUAGAAGAUGACGCGCUGGGGCGCCAGGAAUAUCUGGCGAGGCUGUGGCUCAAUGGGAACCGGCUCACAAGGAUCCCGCUCAACUUGCCGCCUAUGCUGGUUGCCCUCUACAUUGAGGAGAACUCCAUAGAGGAACUGCCGCCUAACAGCUUUCCAGGGCUCUCCAAUCUGGAGCAGUUGUUCUUACAACGAAACCAAAUCAGGACCAUUGCAGACUGCGCCUUCUGCGACCUUAGCAAGCUCAAGACACUGGACUUGCAAGCGAACCAGAUCGAGAUUCUUUCCAGCGAAGCCCUCAGGAACCUGAGCAGCCUCAUGCUGCUUGAUGUUUCCCAAAAUCCAAUAAGGAUGCUUGAGCCCCAGUGCUUCCGGGGGCUCGAGAGAUUGCAAACACUCCAGAUGUCCCGACUAACCCGAAGUAUAGACUUUGAGGAACCAGUCUUCGACGACCUCAAGAAUCUGACUAAGCUUGAGAUGUAUGACAGUGCUGAAUUGGUAGCAAAAGUCAUCAACUCAUCCAGGGCCCUACAUGGUCUCAGAAACAUCCAGGAGCUCAAUCUCAUGCACAACAAACUCUCCAGCCUACGACCCGAUUUCCCGUCCUUCUUUCCAAAGUUAAGAGUGUUGAAGGUGGGGGGAAACAACUUUGACUGUGGCCCCGAGGUGCAAUGGUUCUCGCAGUGGAUCAAGACCUCCAGCAUCCAGUUCUACAGCAGCUACAGCAUCCGCUGUGCAUCACCUCCUGCACUUCAGUUCAAACCAAUCAUGCUGCUCGGAGAAGAUGACUUUCGGGAGAGCAGUACCCAAGAGCCUGCAAACGUUACCGAAAGAUCUAUCGCACCUACAGCGACACCUCUGGCAACGGCAGCAGUCGAAAAUAUUCAGCUCACUGACGAACCAGCUACGCAAAACGACACAUCUGAAACGUCAGCACUCGAGCUGACGAUGGCAGAAAACACAAAUCGAAGCACGACGACCUUGGCACUCCCGUCAGAACAACAUGUUCCCUCUAGUCUGCAAAUUACGGGUGCGAGGCCAGAAACAAGUGCCUCCGAGGCCUCAGGAACCACACAUACCAAAGGAAGUGCUGCAAGUGCUGAUAUCAGCACAGCAAGCACACCGCUCAUGCAGCACCUCACGCACAAUCCAACAAUAUUAAAUAUGUCAAGCACAACCUCGAUCACCCUAUCUUCCAGGCAAAACCUGAGCGCGCCGGAAAUGCAUAGCACGCCUGGAAUAGUUGACUCAACGGCAGUGACUGAUGAGCCGACAUUAUUGCAGGCGAACCACACUCAGCAGCCACCCUCGCCCACGAUCCUGCUGCCCCAAGAUUCAACUUCGGAGAACGCAUCUUCCAUGCCCCUCGGUGCUCCCAGGAACCUGCUCUUUGCAUCAGCCGUUGCGGAGAAGCAACAGCAGGGUCCAGUCACCCUGAGCAAGGCAACGAUCACGUCAACAGUGGUCGUCGGCUGCGGAUUCCUCGUCCUGGUUGCCUUCUUGGCAGCGGUGUUUGUGUUGCAGACACGGCACCACUGCCUGCGUGAGCCCUACUCUCGAAUGCGGAGGAGCAGCAGCAUCUCAUACCGUCCGCAGCGCGACGAAGUGAGCAUACUGACCGUGUCCGAGGCUACCCUCGGCGUAAGGACUAGCGGCCACCAGGGCAUCCGAAACAAACUUUACUACGCCAUGGAGCGGAACAGGAAUGGACCUCGUGAGGCUACUCUUGAGCCGCACCUGCAGGAGCUCAUUCCUCGCUCCCUAAGUGAUGGUGCCUGGUCUAGCGGCCACGCGUCGAUUUAGGCGACGGCAGGACAGUGCAUGGUUACGUGUUGGCUGUACAAAGUGUUCGGCGGACCAGUGGAACCGACUAGUGUCCACUCCAGUGACUGUGUCGAGUUGGAGUGCCCAUUUUCGUGCCAAAGACGAUUUCAGGGGUGUGGACAGAACCUGCCAUUCGGCCAUUUGUGUGGCUGUGAAGCUUUGAAACUGUGCUUCUAAGUUGUUGCAUGUGAAGGAAGAGUGCUGCGAGACAACACUAGCAAUCUCCCUUUAAUGUGGAAGUGCAACGUCCGGAAAAUUGGUGUUGAAUUUCUGACGGGUGUUUGAUUUUUAUGUUCUAUCUUUUUCCAGGCAGUAAUAUUCUGGUACCCGGACGAUGUUGCACGCAUAAAAUAAAUUGCAUAAAGUAUCCAGCAGU